UAAUUUAAGACUCGUACUACGAUAAAGGCGUUGCUCAUGAAUAUUAAUAUAGUCUCUUCGUUAAAACUUUCAUAUGCAUAAAUAAUAUUCAUGACCCAACCUAUGCGCCCGCUUCUAGCGUCUGCGUUAACUACAGUACUUAUUUAAUAUUCAUAAGACAGUCCUUCGCUGUAGUAGGAUAGGCAAUUCGCGAAGCGUCUCAUGUGAGGUCCUCAGGCAGUCAGUGUGCGCCUCCCUUUGUGCCUCUCCACUCAAGAUGGCUCCCGUUUUAGAGAAGAAGCUACUGGGCGCAGCCGGGACAGGCGACACUAUGGAAAACAGCAACGAGGAUGAUGAAGGACAAAACCUCUGGUCUUCAAUCCUCAGCGAAGUUUCCACACGCUCCAGCUCUAAAUUGCCUUCUGGGAAAAAUAUACUGCUUUUUGGGGAGGAUGGUUCAGGAAAGACAACACUCAUGUCAAAACUUCAAGGAGCCGAGCACAAUAAGAAAGGUAGAGGGCUGGAAUACUUGUACCUGAAUGUCCAGGAUGAAGACAGAGAUGAUUUGACUCGCUGCAGCGUUUGGAUCCUGGAUGGAGACCUGUACCACAAAGGCUUGCUGAAGUUUGCAGUGACUGCUGAGUCGCUGAAGGACAGUCUAGCGGUGUUCGUGGUGGACAUGUCACGGCCUUGGACCAUCAUGGAGUCAUUGCAGAAGUGGACGAGUGUGCUGCGUGAACACGUGGACAAACUGAAGAUCGCACCGGAGGAAAUGAAAGAGAUGGAGCAGAGUAUGGUUAAGGCCUUUCAGGAGUAUGUAGAACCAGAGGAAUCCACGCCAGCCUCACCCCAGAGACGAGCUCCAGCAGCUGGGGGAGAAGAUGAGAGUGUGCUGCUGCCCCUGGGAGACAACGUCCUCACACACAACCUGGGCAUUCCAGUGCUCAUAGUUUGCACAAAGUGUGAUGCUGUCAGUGUACUGGAGAAGGAGCAUGACUACAAGGAGGAGCAUUUUGACUUCAUUCAGUCACACAUCCGGCGCUUCUGUCUACAGUGUAUCCUAUUCACUCAGUCUCUGCACAAUAUUUCAGCUCUCAUGUCUUCUGUCACUUUAUUACAGUCGAUGUUAGCCAAGCAGCCGGCCACACCAACAAGAGGAACAGAGUCUCCUGUCCGGUCUGCAUCUGGUUCACCCCGGCCGACAGGCCGGACAGGGCCUACCAAUGUGGCAAGUGUCUCACCCAUGACUGCGGUGAAGAAACCAGACCCCAGCAUGAAAGGAGCAGCGGCAAAUGAGGGAGUGCUGGCCAACUUCUUCAACAGUCUGUUGAGUAAAAAGACAGGUGUGCCGGGCAGUCCUGGGACACCAGGGGCAGCAACAGGAACGGUCGUACAAGGCUCUGCCAAGAAAACAGGGCAGAAGCCGGGUUUGACUGACGUCCAAGCGGAACUGGACCGAAUGACUCGUAAACCCGACUCAACGGUAACGGCCAACAACACCCCUGUGACAGAGAACGAGGCAUGAGAGCGCCAACAGCAUUGUCCACUCUGGAAAUCAACAUGUAAUGACAUAAAGGAGGAAAAAAAAAAGCUAUUCGUGACCAAAAUUCCCCCCACCUUGUGUGUCAAUCAGCAAACAGACCGCGGUUUACUGAAAGUGUUGGGAUUCUAUCAGAUGUAUAGGCUCUGAUGUUGUGGGGGAAAGAGAGGUAGAUAUUUGAAAAGAUGCAACUGAUUUUCUUUGUUUUCAUUUCCAGACCUCUUUCUAUGUAUGUAUGUUUGUUUGUUUAUUUGUGGCGAUUCAUUUUUGGCGUGGCAUAGGGCAAGUCAGGUGAUGGGUGCUCUGUCCUUACGGAGGCAGCCAAACCUCUGAAGUGUGGGGCCUUGCUUAGCUUGGGGAUCCUUUAACGGCACCCAUUCUUCUCCUCCUGACAAGAGCAGAAACGCACUGCUGCAUUCAACGAGCAGUCGCUUCAAGUGUUGCAAUCAGCUACAGCUACUGCUAAAAGCCUAAAUAUAUUCAGUGAAAACAAGAAAUACUUGCAAAAAGUAUAUAGUGUGUACAAACAGUUAGAUUUAUGCUGAUGUAUUUAUAAAAAAGAAAGCAAAUCAAGCUUUUAUUUUUUUUCUCUGUGUUUUAUCAGUGAGACGUUAAGCUUCACUUAACAUGGUUAACAUCACUGAUGUCAUGACACUAAUGACAAAUACCCAUUGGCCUUCAGCAUACAAGAAUGGCAGACGCUGCCACCUCUUUGAAUUAUGUAAAUAUGCGCUAAAUAUUUGCAAUACGAGCUUUGAUUUGAUUUUGUAUAAAAUUGAAUUAUUUUAACAAUUUAUGAAGAACUAUUUCAGAUGAAACCAGCUUUGAUGAGUAUCAGCUUUUUCUUUUGGCUAUGGUUGUUUUUGGAGGAGAGGGGCAGGGCAGCAUCUUUCCUAGUAUAACUCCCAAGUGCCUGUCAUAGUGGAGGUGCUUGACUCCAAAAAAGGAAUUGCACUGUAGCAUUAACAGUCAAUUUUUUUUGGUCCAGCUUCAUGUAAUUUAUUUUUGUUUGUUUUAUUUUGGAAAUGCAUGUCUGUGGUCAUUACAUUUUUGCUGCAAUUACACGUUUUGCUCACUUCAGUGGCCUAGAUUUUUGCUGCCAUAGGGAGCUUGCCUUUCUUUUUGCGAAUGUCAGCGUCCACAUAAAACGUGUUUAGCGAGACAUUUCGUCCCACCUCCCAGUUGGAAAUUGUGGCUUAAACCACUGGCGCCAUUCUCAUGUGGCCAAGUGAUAGACUGUAAGUCGUGUCUUUUGUUAGUCCUUACAAAUGAGAUCUUAGAUUUGUUGUUAUAUGUUACCUGAAGACUGUAAAGUGAUUUACGUAAAACAUUCCCGAUUUCUGUAGAUGACCCUGUAGGCGACGCAUGUUUGUUUCGUGUGCCCUGCCUCAGUGCCCACUGGAAGUGACGACUUUGCCUUCAGUGUAGCGUUCACUGUUGUCACUCCACAUGCUCUGUCUCUUCACUCAGGGUAGUUCUGAGUCCAUACAACAGCCUUGUUUGUCUUCAUAGUACAUUUCUCAACAUUUUCUUCCACUACUGAUACUGUAUCAUACUCCUGUUUCAAGCUAAUUGUUUUCGGAUAUCCUUUUGUUUUUUUUUGGUCGCUGAAAAUGAAACUAAGUUAGUUGGUUUCAUUUGACAAAUCAUCCACAGACAUGAUGUAAUGUUUUUUCUAAGGUUUUUAACCUUAAUGUUGAAGUGGAGAAACUGUAAAUGGAGCAGCUAAAGUGGCUUUUAAAUGAUCAUUACAUUUUCAGAUGAAAAAGGAAAACGCAGACAAUUGGAAUCUGGAACCAAAGAUGUAGAAUCCACAUGUUAUGUCUAUGUCGAGUCGCUGCCCUAAAUUCCUCCCAGGUGGCCGCUCUUGGCUGAGCCUGGAGAAGCCAUCAUUCCAAAACGGAUCCUCUGCUUAUACUAUGGUGGUCUGUGUUCAGUGUCCGAUUUUUUUUUUCCACUAGAGUUUGAAGACUUUGUCCUUUUUUUUAAGCUCUUCAAGGGAAUAGACCACGGGAAGUGUAGAGUUUACUGUUGUUUUGCAUGAACUUGUGUUAGAAAUAUGAAAAGAAAGAUCUCAUACCAAACUAGAGAAGGAACUCGAAUGAAAUGUACAUUUCUGCUGCAUACUAUUGUGUAACGGUUUCCAUUUAUGAUGGGCAGGGCUAAAGCAUUUGCUGAUAUUCAAGCACAACAUUAAGUCUGGACUAUAUAUACCUCUUGUUUUAGUGGUUAAGGUUUUUCAUCUAUUCAGAUUGUAUAAGAACUUAUUGGGGCUGCCACUAAUGAAGCCUCUGAUCACAUAUAACAUUCGACCUGCUUUCAAAUCCGCUCAUAUAAACCUUAAAUGCACUUAAGUAUUUCAUAGCAUCCUCUGCAUUUGCUGUGUGACUAUAUUCUCACUGUAUAAAUAUCACUGACACAUUCCUGUAAACACAACUCAUUUCCCCCCAAAAAACUGAGUUUAAUAUUAUUUCAUGGCAUUGUAACUUUUACUGGAAGUGAAGAACUGUUAAUUAAUCUUAGUUAAAUUAUCAAAAGUAACACAUUGUUAGCCAUUUAAACAUUGUUUUUUUCCUCCCUCCACAAAGUUUGACAGUUACUGAUUUUAAUAGUAGCUUGGUGCAAAUGUAAACUACUUAAUGGACUAAGAAAUUGAAAAACUAACAAGCUGCUCCUGAGAUCCCUGAAGUACUUGAAAAAGCUUCUUAACUCAGAACCCAUCUGUUUUCCCAAAGGAGAUACACAACGGAUAAAAGGUCUAAGGAUGUCCACCAAAAGAAACAAGUUCACUUGGCUUCAGCUUCAUUGAUUUCUUUCCCUCAGUUGGGGAUGAUUGCAAUUAUAUAACCAAUAGCACAUUUGAUAUGUUUCAUUCAGACUAGGAUGAAAGUUGACCGCUUUGUUCUGUAUAAUCCUUCUAAUAUGCACUUACCCCUGUAAGAAAGAAAAUGUUGAGAAAAUGCUCUGGCUUCCUUUCUAUGACCUUUCUGUUCACACAACGGACUGUUUGUGUGCUAUACCUUAAAGUGAGUCUGAUUGUAUGGCUUUAACUUGAUGCAGUAUGUGGCCAUGUGAAAACUUUUAAUGCAAACAAAGAUAAGGAAACCUCUUUUUUUUCAGUCCUGGCUUAAAUAAAAUACAAAUCCAGACUA